AUGCGCCCAUUUCUGGACGAUGCAAAGCGUCGGGUGGAUCGCAAGCUCAGCGCAAGCAGACAGUCCUUGUCGACAAGCCGUCUUCUUCCCAGUGCUUUGCCGGAUAGACUGAAAGACAAUCACGAUGCCCAGGUCGACUUUACUGCACCUCCCGGAGGAUCUGGCUCUCGCGAGGGCCAUCUUCAAUACAUGCAACAAUCCAUAUUUGGGAUGAUCGCCGCUGUUGGCUCCAGGUCUGAUUUUCAUGCGCGGUUUGACGAGUCAAGCGACAGUGAUGGAGAAACAGAGCAGCGGCCAAGGAAGGAAUCUUCUGCCAGGCAAGGAACAUCCGCGUCGGCAAAUACAUCCUCCCUCGAUUCAAGCCAAAGAUCCAGUUCGCGGACAGAUGGGAAACCAGAGAAGGAGUCGGGUACAAGAGGCCGUCGUCAUCGAAGGACAAUAUCGGACCAUAAAUUAUUUCGGCCAUUCAAGUUGAACUCCAAGGAUGAGCCACAGACCGAUCCUUCAACGGGCGAUGAAAUGCCCAGCGGUUCACCUCCUACACGGCCGCGCAGUGCCACUCCUCGAGCAGCUCCUAUCCUGAGCCGUAUGGUCGAAGCUCAAGCCCAAUUUGAUUUGAAAGAGUCUUCUACCGAACGGUCCCAAUUAUCGCUCAAUGAAAGUGGCGAGAAGGGCCCUCGCGACGCAUCCGUGUCCCCCCUUUCUACAAGGCUGAUGGAUAUGUUCGGCUUUGACAAACCAGAAAAAGUUCUCGUUGAGUAUGCCUGCUCACUUCUCCAGAGCAUGCUUUUACAGGGGUACAUGUACGUCACCGAGGGACACAUCUGCUUUUACGCCUAUCUCCCCAAGAAAUCUACAGUGGCUAUCAAGUCUGGGUAUCUUCACAAACGUGGUCGAAAGAACCCCAAGUACAGCCGCUACUGGUUUUCCUUGAAGGGUGAUGUUCUCUCCUACUAUGCCGACCCGUCAAAUCUCUACUUUCCGAGUGGUCAUGUCGAUCUUCGAUACGGGAUUUCUGCCUCGUUGGGCGAACCGAAAGAGAAAGGGAGGGAGCCUAGAGAUUUUCAAGUCACUACAGACCAGAGAACGUACUAUUUCAGAGCUGAUAGCUCCAUGAGUGCGAAGGAAUGGGUAAAAGCCCUGCAAAAAGUGAUUUUUCGGACACACAACGAGGGGGAGAGCGUCAAGAUAUCUUUCCCGAUCGAAAGCGUUAUAGACAUAGAGGAAAGUCCUAUGGUAGAUUUUGCUGAGACGUUCAAAAUACGCGUGAUUGAGGAUGAUGAUUCGUACGCGAUUGAUGAGUAUUUCUUCACAUUCUUCCACUCCGGCCGAGAAGCAUUCGAGUUCCUUAGAAGCCUCAUCAAUAACCAAUUCUUGAAAAGUUCUUCUCAACACCUUUCGCCGCAACCGGACCGGUCGCCUCGGUCUGAGCGUACCCGCAUAUCUCGAAACAGGUGGUCGUUGGCCAGCGGGUCGAGCAGAAUUCUAGGUAAUAGCAGAGCUGAGACGCAGCGGAAAAGGGGUGCAAGCACGAGUCAUAUGAGCCUCGCGCAUGAUGUUAUAAAAUCAUCGCCGGCAACUCGACACCAGGACUCGUCAGACUCAAUAUUGAAUUCUUUCGAGCAAGGGACUGAGUCUUCAGCCGCCUGGCAAUCGAUGACGGAUGGGGCAGAAUCAGCGAGCCAGAUCUUGAAUCGCAGUGAUGUCUUUCAAUCUCCUACUAUUCAUGGUCUGGACAGAAGACCUUCUGGCGGAGAAAGAAGAGGGCGACGCGAUUCUGACGAAACGGCUCGAUCACUAUCCACGCGUGCCAAUGUUAGUACCGGUCAACAGAUCGAUGAGCAUGGCAGACGAACGGAUGGAGAUACGAGUGGACGUGAGGCUCGGGAUCCCACCGGUGAAUCAGACCAAUACACGCAAGAUCCAACUAAAUCCUUCUCGGGUGCACCUUCUUUGAACGAGCUUGUCAAAGCCGGGGUAUAUCCUCUCCAGCGUGCAGCAGGCCUUGCCGAGUACUUGAGGACCCGGUCAAAGCAAAUGAGUAAUCUCCUGGCCAGUGAAUCUAUGGGCUAUAUAGAGAAAGUCUCGGGAAUGUGGACUGGUGGUCGAAAACAUUAUGGCGAGGCAGAAGAUGUCUUGCCAGAUGAUCAAGACGUCGAUCCAGAAGACAAGGAGGAUGGCUGCAACUAUGGCGACCGUUUCCGUGCGCACUUUGCACUACCGCCGACGGAGAAGCUGCAAGCUACAUACUUUGCAUACUUGCACCGGGUGCUUCCACUCUAUGGCAAGAUAUACGUCAGUCAGAAGAAGCUAUGUUUCCGCAGUCUUAUCCCUGGGACUCGUACAAAGAUGAUUCUUCCUCUGAGAGACAUUGAGAACGUUGAAAAGGAGAAAGGCUUCAGAUUUGGCUAUCACGGUCUUGUUAUCAUUAUCCGCGGACAUGAGGAGUUAUUCUUCGAAUUCCGUACGUCUGAUGCUCGGGAUGACUGCGCUGUUACGCUCCAUCAACGUCUGGAGGCUGUAAAGUUUAUGGCAGAGUCAGGCUUGCUAGCUGAGCAAGACCAGAAUGAGUCCGAGGCAGCGAUGGCAGAACACCGUAUGCUUCAAGAGGCCAGAUAUGAUGAUUAUGGCGAAAAUGACUUGCGGCCCUUGAAUGAGUCUUCUGAGCUACAUCCGAUUUUUGACGAUCCUCGCGCUUCCAUCGUCAACUUCAAACCUGCCGAGUCUCUUCGGAUCACCUGUCUGACGAUUGGCUCGCGAGGCGAUGUGCAGCCAUACAUAGCCCUAUGUAAAGGGCUACUUGCAGAAGGCCAUAGGCCAAAGAUUGCAACCCAUGCAGAAUUCGAGCCAUGGGUGAGAAAGCAUGGCAUUGAUUUUGCUCCGGUGGAAGGGGACCCAGCGGAACUCAUGCGUAUUUGCGUUGAGAAUGGGAUGUUCACGUAUUCCUUUCUCAAAGAGGCGUCGCAAAAGUUCCGGGGCUGGAUUGACGAUCUUUUGUCAUCGGCAUGGGCCAGCUGCCAGGACAGCGACCUCCUCAUUGAGUCACCCAGUGCAAUGGCGGGUAUACACAUCGCCGAGGCGCUGAGAAUCCCUUACUUUCGUGCCUUCACAAUGCCGUGGUCACGGACAAGGGCUUACCCACACGCCUUUGCUGUGCCUGAGCACAGAAUGGGUGGUGCGUACAACUAUAUAACGUACGUGAUGUUUGACAACGUCUUUUGGAAGGCGAUCGCCGGGCAGGUGAAUAGAUGGCGGAAAAACGAGCUCGGCCUGAAGGCGACUACUCUGGACAAGAUGCAACCGAACAAAGUCCCAUUCCUCUAUAACUACUCUCCCUCGGUAGUGCCGCCACCGUUGGACUACCCCGACUGGAUUCGGAUUACCGGAUACUGGUUCCUUAACGAGGGAAGCGACUGGACUCCUCCAACCGCCCUGUCCGAAUUUAUUCAAUGUGCUCGCGAAGAUGGAAAAAAGAUAGUCUAUAUCGGGUUCGGAUCAAUAGUUGUAUCUGAUCCUUCGGCACUCACCAAGACAGUCAUUGAGUCGGUCCAGAAGGCUGAUGUUCGCUGUAUUCUCUCCAAAGGAUGGUCCGAUAGGCUCGGCGACCCUGCCAGUGCUAAGCCGGAAGUACCACUGCCGCCAGAGAUCCACCAGAUCCAGGCUGCGCCGCAUGACUGGCUCUUCUCGCACAUAGACGCUGCCGUUCAUCAUGGAGGAGCCGGUACCACUGGGGCGAGCUUGCGUGCUGGCGUGCCUACGAUCAUCAAGCCUUUCUUCGGUGACCAGUUCUUUUUUGGGUCGAGAGUUGAAGAUUUGGGCGUGGGUAUUUGCCUGAAAAAGCUUAAUGUGAGCGUUUUCUCGAGGGCGCUCUGGGAAGCCACCCAUAGCGAGCGAAUGAUCAUCAGAGCCCAGGAUCUAGGCGCAAGGAUCCGUAGUGAGAAUGGAGUAGCAACUGCUAUCCAGGCUAUCUAUCGCGACCUUGAAUACGCCAAAACGCUUGCCCGCCAGCGCUCCAUUGCUUCAUCCACGCCUUUUUCGCCAACACCUUCUGCCAAAACGACGGCCGAGCAGGAUGCUGAUGAUGAUGUCGAAGACAGUGAGGAGUGGACGUUUGUUGGCGACGACACUGACAUGGAGAUGUCAAGGAGGCUACGAGAUAGGGCGAUCUCCGAUGCCGAUAUGCUACCCGAUCGAUUGCUUGCCAAUUCUGUUCCUGGAGAUUCUGCACCGGGAAGGAAAUUGACUGGCCGCUAA